CGGAAAGCGGAAGCGGCGCACAGCACGUGGGGGCGGUGCCGGUCGGAGGGCUCCUGAUUCCGGGGUGUUGUGGGGAUUGAGGCUGGCGGCCGCGGCCGUGGCGCUUGGGACUGCAGGGACGCGGCGGAACACCAAGACCGGCUGAGUGUCAUGGAGGGCUCAGGGGAACACCCGAGCCCACAGCCCCCGCAUCCCGGGGAUAACCGCAUCCACGAGGGCGACUUUGUGGUGCUGAAACGGGAAGAUGUGUUGAAAGCAGUGCAGGUCCAGCGGAGAAAGAAAGUAACUUUUGAAAAACAGUGGUUCUACCUGGAUAACGUGAUUGGCCAUAAUUAUGGAGCCACAUUUGAAGUGACUAGUGGAGGAGGUCUUCAGCUCAAGAAAAAGAAGGAAGAGCCUACUUCAGAGACCAAAGAAGCUGGCACUGAUAAUCGAAAUAUAAUUGAUGAUGGGAAAUCUCAGAAACUUACUCAAGAUGACAUUAAAGCUUUGAAAGACAAGGGCAUUAAAGGAGAGGAAAUAGUUCAGCAGUUAAUUGAAAAUAGUACAACAUUCCGAGACAAGACAGAAUUUGCUCAAGAUAAAUAUAUAAAAAAGAAGAAAAAGAAAUAUGAAGCUGUCAUAACUAUUUUGAAGCCAUCUACCCGUAUUCUUUCAAUUAUGUAUUAUGCAAGAGAACCUGGAAAAAUUAACCAUAUGAGAUAUGAUACACUAGCCCAGAUGCUGACAUUGGGAAAUAUCCGUGCUGGCAAUAAAAUGAUUGUAAUGGAAACAUGUUCAGGCUUGGUGCUGGGUGCAAUGAUGGAACGAAUGGGAGGUUUUGGCUCCAUUAUUCAGCUCUACCCUGGAGACGGACCUGUUCGGGUAGCAACAGCGUGUUUUGGAUUUCCCAAAUCUUUUCUCAGUGGUCUUUAUGAAUUCCCCCUCAACAAAGUGGAUAGUCUCCUAAAUGGAACAUUUUCUGCUGAGAUAUUAUACGCAGAGCCAAAAGACAGUGCAUCAGUUGAAGAAAGUAAUGGUGCACUUGAGGAAAAGCAGGCUUCUAAACCAGACAAUGAAGACAGCAUGGCAGAGGCCCCAGAGAGCAAUCACCCAGAACAAGAAUCAAUGGAAGUUGUUCCUCAAGAUCCAGAAUAUAAGGAGCCUAAAGAUAGAAGAAGCAAAAAAGAUUAUAUUCAGGAAAAGCAAAGGAGACAAGAAGAGCAGAGGAAGAGACACUUAGAUGCUGCUGCUCUACUGAGUGAAAGGAACGCAGAUGGUUUAAUUGUAGCCAGCCGUUUCCAUCCCACUCCAUUGCUGCUGUCUUUGUUGGACUUUGUGGCCCCUUCAAGGCCAUUUGUGGUCUACUGUCAGUAUAAAGAGCCUUUGUUGGAAUGCUACACAAAACUUCGUGAGAGGGGAGGAGUCAUCAACCUCAGGCUGUCUGAAACCUGGCUCAGAAAUUAUCAGGUUUUGCCAGAUCGAAGUCAUCCCAAGCUGCUGAUGAGUGGAGGCGGGGGGUACCUUCUGUCAGGCUUCACUGUUGUCUUGGACAAUCUUCGAGCAGACACCAGCCUCAAGUCCAGCGCAAGCACUUUAGAAUCACACAAGACUGAAGAACCAGCAGCUAAAAGGCAGAAAUGCCCAGAAUCUGGCUCUUAAUUCUUCAAGUGGCUUUGAUUUUUGUUCUCAGGCAUUCUGCAGUUAACUGUUCUUUUUCAUAUUCUGAGAAUAAGAACAUGGCUGUAUACGCCUUCUGGGAAGAAGGAAUAGCCUUUGUCCACUUCUGACACAGAUGUGUUUACUCUGUCCAAACUACAACUCAAGUAUGCAGUAGUGGAUUAAUGAGACAAUUUUGUUUAUUUAACAAAAAUCCUCUGAGUAAUUCUAAAUACUCGGCAAAUAUCUUGAGAAUUUCAGAAUACUGAAAACGUAUUUAUACAAGACCUUGUUUGCAUUUUAAGCUAAGUGGAAUAACACAAUAUAACUAAAACUUGAUGGGUACUGAAGGGAAGGAAUUUGUGGAAGAAAUUUCCGCUGUUUAUUCCAUUCUCUUUAACAUAAGCAAUAUGAAUGUGUGAGUAUAUGAGAUUUAUAGUACCAAAAAUAUCCACUCUGUUCCCUAUUUUUUAAAUGCUAGGUUUUAUUAUUCUAAUAGUUGUCAACCUGAGAAAGUUCGAAGUAUUCAUUUUACUGUCUUUUUUUUUUUUGGCGGGGGGCGGGGUAACAUUAGAAAGGUUUAGUAGGUACUUUUUUGGUGUUAAUUUGCCAAUCCUUUUAUUCCCUGUUUGAAAUAAAGUGACUAGAAUUUUUAUUUAAUUAAAGAAACAAUUGUUUUCCCCAGAGACUUAAUGAUAUACCACAUGCAUGCGUGUAUAUAUGCACACUUGUGCACACACGUAUAUAUAUGUAUGUAUAGAUGAUUGUAUAUACAUAUAUACACACAUGCACACAUGUAUAUGGGUGUAUAGGUGUUGGUAUAUACACAUAUAUACACACAGAGAAUGUACUGCCUAUAUUAAUACACACAAAGACAGAGAACAUAUUAUUUAUUUGAAAUAUGAUAAAAUUUUGUGCAGGACUUAGACCAGUUCUCAUUGCGUUGAUGUUGCUCUUUGUCAAAUGUUUUUUAAAAGUGCCUUUUUCUGGUGAUUAUUAAAUACUGGUCUGAAAAGCUCUGCCAGGACUAGGUGGUUAACCUUUAUAAACUCUGAAAAAUUAGAAUCAAAUUAUUUAAUCAUCUGUUGCAGCAAAUAAAAGUGUUCUGAGCAAGCCACAGCUCUUAUCCAUUUGAGAAUCAGUCUUGCUUACUAGAACAUGCUCUUGUGUAUUGUUCACAUUGUCAUAGUAUAGAUGAUUAUCAUCCAAUGAGGAAUCACAGAGAAAAAUUUUUUCCUAACAGCAUGUGCUAUUCUGAUAAUGGCCAGUGUGAUUACCAACAAGUACAAUUUUGAUUCCUUUUUCUUAAAACAGUUGUUUUUAAAGAAUAAAAGUGUUUCCUACUAUGA